CCUGCUUCUUUCCUCUCUGGAAUUCAGAGAGCAGCCCUCGCUCCUGCCUGGUAAGGCCAAACAUGAGAGGCUCCCCAGUUCUCGCACUGCUGUUCCUCGUCUGUGCUGCUGCCCAGGAAAAUCCUGCAGGCCGGAGGAGGAAAGGGCCUCUGGGAUCGCAGCUGCCACACCUCCAAAGGAAGAGUAACCGCCACGGCACAGACACCCGAUUCUUGCUGUACUCCAACACAGCAGAGGAAAGCUGCCUGAUCGAGUUCCAGCAGCUGCUUACUCUGGAGAAAUGCCACUUCAACGCCUCUCUUCCGCUGGUGAUGAUAGUCCACGGCUGGUCGGUGGAUGGAAGACUGGAAGGAUGGAUCUGGAAGCUGGCUGAAGCCCUGAAAUCUCACCAUGUGCAAACCAAUGUGAUCAUAGCGGACUGGCUCACACUUGCCUAUCAGCAUUACCCCAUUGCAGUGCAGAAUACACGGGGGGUUGGCCAGGAAAUCGCUCGAUUCCUAGAAUGGCUGGAGGACUCCAUCCAGUUUUCCAGAGGCACGGCUCAUCUCAUUGGCUACAGCCUGGGUGCUCACGUCUCCGGCUUUGCUGGCAGUUUUAUUGGGGGUGGAAAGAAGAUCGGCAGAAUCACAGGCCUUGAUCCGGCUGGCCCCCUCUUCGAAGGCAUGUCUCCGACGGACCGCUUGUCGCCAGAUGAUGCGGACUUUGUAGAUGCCAUCCACACCUUCACCCAGCAGCACAUGGGCCUCAGCGUGGGCAUCAAGCAGCCAGUUGCUCAUUUUGACUUCUACCCCAACGGGGGAACUUUUCAGCCUGGCUGCCACAUCAUGCACGUCUAUGAUCACAUUGUGCAGUACGGAAUCACAGGGCUCACGCAGACGGUGAAGUGCGCCCACGAACGGUCCGUGCAUCUGUUCAUUGACUCCCUCCGACACAGCGAUAAGCAAAGCAUGGGCUACGGGUGCAAAGACAUGCAGACCUUCGACAAGGGCCAGUGCCUCAGCUGCCGCAAGGCCAGGUGCAACACCCUGGGCUACCACGCCCAGAAGACGCGGGUGCCCCGCAGCAAGCGGCUCUUCCUCAAGACCCAGCCCCGCACGCCCUUUAAAGUUUACCACUACCAGUUCAAGAUCCAUUUCAUCAGUGAAUUCCAGGAGAAGCAAAUCGAUCCAACGUUCACCAUCUCUCUGACAGGCAGCCAAGAUGAUGUUGAAAACCUCUCCAUGACUCUGGUUGAAGGCAUUAGUGGAAAUAAAACCUACACUUUCCUUGUCCCUCUGGAUAUUGAUAUUGGUGAGCUGAUGAUGAUCAAAUUGAAAUGGGAAGGAAUUGCAGUUUGGGAAAACAUCUGGAACACCGUGCAAACCAUCAUCCCGUGGAAAAAGAGGAACCACAAGCCAGGACUGAUUGUGAAGAGCCUGAAAGUCAAGGCGGGAGAAACGCAACGGAAGAUGACCUUCUGCUCUCAAAGCGCUGAUAAUUCACACCUCUAUCCAGGGCAAGAGAAAACAUUUGUGCGAUGCGAAGUCACCUCCCAAUGGCUGAGGACACAGAGAUGAGCGGGAUCCGCUCAAGCCUGGAGCGGCCUCUCAAGAGCUGCUUCAAACCCUUUAAAAGAACAUUUAUUUUUAAAGUGUAGAUAAUAUGAAAAAUAAAUAAUUUACAAAACAAAACAGA